UAAGGUCUUUCUCCUAGUCCAUUCCCAGAGUGAAACUUGUUUCAGCCAUGGCGUCGGUCGAUUUAGGUAUUUCUGCUCUUGUAUUUGAUUAUUUACUAAAAAAGGAUGCAUCUUUGGCGAUGGUUUUCCAGAAAAAAACUCAUGCGUCUCCAUUACCAAAAGGAACACCUACUCUAGAGGAUGUAUUUCAAUAUUUUCAAAAGAAUUCACAGAAAAAAGUAACAAUAAAAGCACAAGCAAAAGAUAGCUCUGAUUCAAGUUCUGAAAGUGAAGAUGAGUCACCGAAAAAGGUAGUACAGGUAAAUGGUAAAGUUCCACCUAAAACGCCUAUAGUACAAAAAAAAGAAUCAUCUUCAGAAGAAGAAUCUUCAAGCGAGGAUGAAAAACCAAUGCCUAAAGGUGCUCAGAAAAUGCCAUCGAAUAAUGCAGUAACACCUAAGGUAGUUCCUAAAAAAGUGGUAAAUGAUAAAGGUAAUAUUAAGAGUAUGCCUGCAAAGAAAGAGGAUAGUUCAGAAGAAAGUUCUACAGAAGAAGAAGAACAGCAACAAAAAGCAAAACCAAAAUUACUAACGAAAGCAUCUGCUGUACCUAACGUUACUAAAGCAGUGAAUAUUCGAAAAGCUUCUUCCAGUAGUGAUUCUGAUGAUUCUGACUUUGAUGACAAAAAAGAAUCUAAAGUAAAGCUUGCUACUAGUUCUAAUAAUUCUUUGAAAUCUUCGUCAGCACAGCAACCAAAAAAGAAACAAGAAUCUUCGGACGAAACGAGUAGUGAUUCUGAUGAAAAAGUAGUAAAACAAUUGGUCCCAACACAAUCACUAUCAAAAAAAGUUCUUUCUAAAAAAAGAACGAAAAAAGAUGAGUCAGGAAAUGUAUCGAUCAGAGAAGAGUCAAAACCAAAAAUAACAUCUACGCCGAUUAAUAAGAGCAAUAUUUCUAAAAAAGAAGAAUCCUCAAGUGAUGAAUCCGAUGAUGAUUCAGAUACAAAUCAAAUGCAAUCAGCUCCAAAAUCAGCUACAAAGCAAGCUCCUGUUCAAAAAAUUGUUGCAUCUAAAAAAGGUGAAGCAGGAAAAAGGCAAUCUAAACAAGAAUCAACAUCAAGUGAAGACAGCACUAGUAAACAACUUAAAACUGUAAAGCCUCAUCAGCUUGAAUCAUUGCCAACAAAAAGACCUGCUACAUUAGCAGCAAAAAAAGCAUCAUCUUCAAGCGAUGAUAGUAGUGAAGAAGAACCAGCUGUGAAAAAAUCUGCUCUUGUUAAACAACCACAAAAUGUAGGAGUCAAACAAAAAGAAGAGUCAUCCUCCAGUGAAGAGGAAAGCGAUGAAAAAACGGUUGUUCAAAAACCACCAGCAUUAACAAAGAAAGUAGCUAAGAAGGAAGAAUCUUCUAGUGAUGAUUCUGAUGAUUCAGAUAAUGAUGCAAAAGUAAAACUUGAGCAAUCGAAAACAUUGGCAGCAAAAACAUUAUCGAAAACAGCACCAAAAGAAAAAUCAUCAAGCGAUGAUUCUGAUGAUUCUGAAGACGAAAAAUCUGCUGCAUGUGUAAAACCAAAACCUGCAAAGGUAGCAGCAAUUGCAGAGAGUAAAAAACAAGAAUCUAGUGAUGAAUCCGAUUCAGAUUCUUCUGAAGAGGAAACGCCAAAAGCUAAGCCAGUUUCAACAACAUCACUUACUCAAAAGUCUAAUAAAUCAAGUGAAGAAAGUGAUUCCAGUGAGGAAGAAAAGCAAACUGCAAAAGAACCAGAACCAAAGGUUAGUAAAACACCUGGUAAAGCCGAAAAAAGGAAAAAUACAGGGGAUCAGGACGAAAAUCUGCCUAUGAAAGUUGCGAAGAAUAAUUACAGCAAUUUUGUAAAAGCAAGUAAUAGUUUUAAUGGAAAUAAGGAGGAGGAGAAGGGAGAUGAUAAUAAUGUUAAGAAGUUUGGCGAUAAUGGCGGAGGUCGUGGUGGAUUUAGGGGUGGACGCGGUGGUUUCGGUUUUCAAGGUGGCCGUGAUGAGGGACGUGGGGGUAAUAGAGGUGGUGGUGGUGGUCGUGGUGGUCGUGGUCGUGGUGGAGGAGGUGACAGAGGAAGAGGUGGACGUGGUGGAUUUAGAGGGGGGAGAGGGGGGAGAGGUGGUUUUGAUAAUAGGAGGUCUUGGGGUGAUGUUAAUAAUGACAAUAAUGAUAAUAGUCAGGGAAAUGGAAAUGGAUUUAGGAGAUCGUGGGGUAAUGAUAAUGGAGAUCGGGGAGGUCGCGGCGGGGGUGGAGGAUUCCGUGGAGGUAGAGGCAGUUUUGAUAAAAGAAAAUCUUUCGAUUCUGCGCCUACGCUAAAUAAAAAAGUCACCUUUGAUGAUUGAUACAAUAACAAAGCAAUAUAAAUGUAUAUAUAAUUAUAUAUAAACAGAGAGGCGCACGAGGUUCGUGGGGAGAAAAGGCUAAUUUCGAUUUACGGCACACAAGAGGAAAGUCUUUUAGACACGAGAAAACAAAGAAGAAGCGAGGUAGCUACUGUGGUGGACAAAUAGAUACAAGCGUUAAUUCAAUUAAGUUUGAUGAUUAAUUUACUUCUAUAUUUAAGUAAAAUAGUAUUAAACGUAUUUCAUUGAUUACAUUUUUAUUAUAUUAAAGAGACUGCUAUAGGGUGGAUUUUUUUAAAUAGAAUAAUUAAUAUUAUCUGAACGCUUGUUACACAUGUAUCUUAUCAAAUAGCUUCUUUCGUUUUAUAAAUAAUAUCCAGCAUUCAUAAUUUUAAUAUUAGAUGACCAAGUUUGAUAUCUGUGUAUGUGCAAAAAUGUUCUGUUCGUUUUUACUUAAAAGGUGCAUUAUAGAACUAUUUUCAUAUUUUGAUUUAUGAAUUACAUAUAUAUUAUAUAUGAUUACAAGUGAAAAAUUAAGAAAAACAGAUUAAUUAUCUCUAAAAUAAAUAGGAACUCUAUCAUAAAAUGUUCAAUGUUUAACUUAUCAUUUAAAUCGUUCAAAUUAAUUGUUGAAUUUUUGUCUAAAAAAUACUGUCUGAUUAUUUAUAUAAACCAUUACAAUACUUAAUGGUAACAGAUAAUUAUGCAGUAAAUCAUGAUUAAUAAUCGAUUGACAUAAAAAUCAGUUUUUCUAGAAGAGAUAAUAUUAGGUGUGUUACAAUCGAAUUUUCAUAGUUUUGACAAUUUUCAAAAUAUACUUAAUUCUCGUAUACGUGUGACUUUAUAAGCAUGUAUCUUAUCAUAAGAAGCGCUGUGUCAGGUUUAAAAUAAGAUUAUAUGCGUUUAUACUUGUACGAAAUAUAUGUAUAGCGAUUAUUCAAUGGUGGAAAAAGUAUCAAUAAAAAAUAAUAAAAAAAAAUAAAUAAAUAAGUAUA